AUGAGGGGCGAUCUCGUCCCUGCGUCCAGGCUCCCAUCGACCACCGUCGUCGAGCUCGUGCAGCGCCGGUGCGAAGCCCGAGCCUCGCGCAACUACGCCGCCGCCGACGCGCUGAAGGAGCGGCUGGAGGCAGGCGGCGUUAAGCUUCAGGACUGCCUCGGAGGUGGGACGACAUGGGAGUACUCUGUCAGCCGGCGAGACGGCGGCGGCGCCUCUCCCAUGACGGCGCUCGCGCGGACCGCUCUCGAGAGCCACACCGACCGGGCGGCCGUCUCGCGGCUCAGCGACGAGGCGCUGGCGCUGUGCGCUGCGGGUGAGCCGCUGCUCGGCCGGGUGGCUGCCGACGCGGCCUUCGACUUUGCGCUCGCAGGGUGCGAGAGCGCGCCGCUGCUGGAGUCGCUGGCCGCAGCGCAGGCGGCCGAGUUUGACCGCUGGCGCAGGCCGCAGCCGCUAGUCAGCCUGCAAGAGGCGCCGCCGCGAGACGCGGACGCGGACGCGGCACUCGCGCUCGCCCUGGGAGGGUUCGACGACCCGCGGCUCCCUCUAGUUCUCGACCUCGGGGAGCACGGAUUCGUCGUGUUUUCUCACGCUCUCACCGUGGCCGAAUGCGAGCACGCGCUAGACGGGCUGUGGGCCUGGCUAGAGGGGCUCGGCACAGGCGUCGAGCGGCGGCGGCCCGACACGUGGGACGACGAGCGCUGGCCUCGCUGCGUCGAGGGCGGCAUCCUGCCCUUCCACGGCAUCGGGUGCUCCGAAUUCAUGUGGCGCAUCCGGAGCAACGCCAACGUGCGCGCGGCCUUUGCCGCCGUGUGGGGCGUGACGUCGGACGACCUGAUCACCUCGCUCGACGGCGCGGCCGCGUUUCGGCCGUGGAGGCGGCGGCCGGAGCGGCGGACGCGCGGCGGUUGGCUGCACGUGGACCAGAACCCGGCGAGGCCAGAGUUCGAGUGUGUCCAGGGCCUCGUCCACUUCGGACCGGCCACAAGCCACGCCACGGGCGGCAACGAGGUGAUUCGGAGGCGAAAGGCGGCGGUCCGGGCGCGCGUCACGACGGCGCACCGGCCAUAUGUCUUCCAGCCGACGCACGAGUACAGCGUGUACUGCGACGAGCAGAUGGCGCGGUACUCUGUGCCGCGCGACGAGCCGCUGCUAACACCGCUUGCGGCGCGGCUGGUUGGGUACAGCGAGGCCGAGAUUGCCGCCGGGGAGCACCUGCCAGCGGCACGGUCCGGAGAAGGGGUUUAA